AUGCUUAAGCUACUGCCAUGGCGUUCCUCACCUCACAAUACCCUAACCCUAGACCCGGCCAAACCCUUUAUCUCCCUCUCUCGCUUUCUCAGCCAUUCUCUCUCCGAAGACCAAUACGAAGACGACCCUCCUUUCUCUCCAGUUUCCAAACCCCCGAAGCCCAAGAAGAACAAGACACAGAAUAAAGAUCCAGAUACGAAGAAUGAACCGACCCGGCCUCUCAAAUCGGACCUACCCUUCGACUUCAGCUACUCGUACUCAGAAACAAACCCGAAAGUCGAACCUAUUGCGUUCCGGGAGUCGCCCAAGUUCUCUCCUUUUGGGCCAGGUCGGCUUGAUAGGAAAUGGACCGGCACUGUUGCCCUGACCCAACAAGAAGUGGACUUGAACCGGGUCGCGGAGGAGAGGAAACGGGUUCUUGGAGACCCACUAACGGAGGAGGAAGUGGCUAAGCUGGUGGAACGGUACCGUCAUAGUGAUUGUGCUCGGCAAAUCAACAUGGGAAAGGGAGGAGUUACUCAUAACAUGUUAGAUGAUAUCCACAACCAUUGGAAGCGGGCAGAAGCUGUGAGGAUCAAGUGUUUGGGAGUGCCAACUCUUGACAUGGACAAUGUUUGCUUCCACCUUGAGGACAAAUCUGGUGGGAAGAUUGUCUACCAGCACAUUAAUGUCCUUAUUUUAUACCGGGGUCGAAACUAUGAUCCGAAGAAUCGACCUGUAAUACCUGUAAUGCUCUGGAAACCGUACACUCCGAUAUAUCCCAAGCUUGUGAAGAAUGUUGCUGAUGGCUUGACAUUUGAAGAAACGAAGGAAUUAAGAAACAGAGGACUAAAUUCCCCACCUGUUAUGAAACUUACUAGAAAUGGUGUGUAUGUGAAUGUUGUGGAUAGAGUCAGGGAGGCUUUCAAGACUGAGGAGGUAGUGAGACUAGACUGCACACAUGUUGGUACCAGUGAUUGCAAAAGGACAGGCGUGAAAUUAAGGGAUCUGGUACCUUGCAUCCCUCUUUUGUUCAAGGAUGAGCAGAUUGUACUCUGGAGGGGAAAGAGAGAUCAAGAAGAAGACUCCAAGUGCAGGGAUAGAAGUGAAAAGUUUGCAGAUGCUUAA